UUUUGAAGAAAGGAAUAUCAGGCCUCAAAACAACCACAAGAUCGAGCUUGUAGUUGACAGAUAAUAGAAUAGUAGGAUAAUAGGUUAAUUUUCCAGGAUAUAUCACAUCAGUACAAUAACAAGAUAAUGUUUGCUCGCACUGUUUUCAAUACCAGACAAGCCUUUUUCAGAGGUAUUCGUCACAACUCCACAUCUGCAAAAGCUUCAGCUUUACUUACAAAAUUCAAUGGUCUUAAGGAUUGUUCUAUUUACUGGGGCAAGGUAACCAUCGAGUUAGCCAAACAAAUUUACAUCAAGGAAAACUUGGCUCCUCCAACUACCGAAACUUUCAAAAAGGUUUACAUUGACUUGUACAAACAGUUAUUGAAAGCAAUUGAGAAUCCAAGUCAAAUACUUUCUUCCUUGAAGAGCAUCGAAUUGUCCAAACAAAAUGUCCAAACAUACGGCUCAUACUUCGUCCAACUUCUUGGUUUGUUUUCGUUAGGCGAGGUUAUCGGUCGUAGAAAAUUGGUUGGUUACAAGCACUAUCCCUCGCACUAGGUUGGCCAGUUUUUUCAUAUAACCUAUAUGUAUAUAUAUAUCUAAUUAUACUAUCAUUACCAUUCUGUUACUGCUCAUUGCGCACCACUUAUUGAACAUUGCAGUUCGAACCUCUCGUGCGACCUCCAAUGAAUAUUCUGUAUCAA